UACCCGAAACGAACAAAUAUGAUUCUCAUAAUGCGCUUGGAUCUGAGCUAAAAACGCUUCUUGAAAUACUUCCGGAAAAAGGUCCUAUAUCAGCAAGCAAAAGACAAGCGGUUCGCUCGCUCGAAGUGGGGAAUGUGUCUAUGGCACGCGUGAAGGCAAGCGGUUCGCUCGCUCGAAGUGGGGAAUGUGUCUAUGGCACGCAUGGUUUUGCUGUUCGAAUGAAACCAAUAAAACCAUACCCCUGCGGUCUCCGGUUGAGUGACUUUAUCACAGAAGGCAAGUGGUUCGCUCGCUCGAAAAGGCAAGCGGUUCGCUCGCUCGAAGUGGGGAAUGUGUCUAUGGCACGCGUGGUUUAUGACACUUUGCUUAAAUCCAAUAAACUUCAAGCAAACAUCGACUUGUGGAAUGAACAUAUGGAGAAAUUAGCAAGAUCAGAAGUUAACAGAGUGAAUAUGAAUGUCACAAUUCAGCGUAAUCUAGAAAAUGUGACAAUUACUACCGGCAUGUCGGCUGGUAUUCGGCAUUUUGAAACACUUGGCUCUGAACUGUUGACUUCCCAACAAGGUCGAGUCAUACAAGAGAAGUUCGUGAAACGCCCGGAGAAUACAGAUACAGGUACGGCUUUGAAAGAGGAUAAUUUGGAUGAUUGGGACAAUAAAGAAGAGGAAGAGCAAGUUGUGGAAAAAGAGAACAAA